UUGUUACACACAAAAAAUAUCAACUUAUUAUGGCUUCAGAUGGAGAGGAUGUGAAUCUAACACCUACAGAGUCCCUGGCAACCGACACGGAGGAUGAGGAGCACCCGUUAAGCCCUCAGCAGCACUCUGAUCAGGAAACGGAUGAGGAAGACUUGGAAGUGGAGGAGGCGCCAGCCUCGUCCGAAGAUGCUGAUGUGGAUGAGCUUCUCCGACAGCUAGAGGAUUACACUCCUACGCUACCCGACGCCCUAACGGUCAACAUACUCAAAUCUGCUGGGUUCUCAAAGGUGGACCCAGAGAUUGUGCGUUUGGUGUCUGUAUCGGCGCAAAAGUUCAUAUCGGAUAUCGCCAAUGAUGCACUGCAGCACUGCAAGACCCGCACCACCAACAUUCAGCACUCCAGUGGACACAGCUCCAGCAAGGACAAGAAGAACCCCAAGGAUCGCAAAUACACAUUGGCCAUGGAAGAUUUGGUUCCAGCUCUGGCUGACCACGGCAUAACCAUGCGGAAGCCCCAAUACUUUGUUUAGUUUAUUGUUCAAGCAUUAAGCGAAGAGUUGUACUUUAAUAUAUACUAUCUACAUUGAACCAUUGGUUUCUUAGGAAUAAGACGUACAAAUACAUACAUACUAAUAAAUUCCCAACAUUUUGAUUAAUAUA